AUGACAACAACAACAUCAUAUUCUAUUGAUUAUUUUCUUUUUCAUUUGUUUCCAAAAACAAUAUUCAUUCUACGAUUCUAUUAUUUGUGUCAAUGAAUUUUUUUGAUUCAUAAAAAAAAACAAUGCCACAAGGAAGACGUAAAAUACCGUUUUCAAAUAAACAGAAAAAAGCGCAACUACAAGCAAAACGAGAUAAAAAAAAUCGUCAAUUAUCAACAACACAAUUACGACGACCAUUUGUUAGUGAUGAUGGUGAUAUUGAAGAUGAAUUGGAUGAUGAAACUUUAGGCGUAAUCGAUGUCAAUGAUCAUUUAAACCCAAAUCAAAUAUCGGGUACCAGCAGCAGUAAUAAUAAUGUUGAAUCCAAUACAUCAACGUCGACUGACAAUAUGACAGAUCCGAAAUUUCUUUUAAACAAAAUUCAUUCGAUAAAUGCACAACGACAUUUAAGUUUGACAAGUGAUGUCAAUCGUUAUGCAUUACAAUUUUUCAAUGAAACUGAUCAGGAAAUACGUGAACGCAAAGAACGUGCACAAAGACCCUUACCACCAUUAGAUGAAUCAAAAGCAUUAGUUUGUUCGGUCGAAGAUAUGUUUGGUGAACAAUCAUCAUUAUCAAAUGAUAUUCCUGUUACGGAUUUGGAUAUGCCUAAAAGACCACCAUGGUCACCAACAAUGACAGCAGAAGAAUUAUAUCGUAAAGAAAAUGAUUAUUUCUUAACAUAUUUGAUGGAAAUAUUUUCCAAAAGUCGUUCACCGGAUAAACCAUUAAGCUAUUUUGAUAUGAAUCUUGAAACAUGGCGUCAAUUAUGGCGAGUAAUUGAAAUGUCUGAUAUUAUUCUAUUGGUUGCCGAUAUUCGUCAUCCUAUUUUUCAUUUUCCACCAUCAUUAUAUCAUUAUGUUGUCGAUGAACUCGGUAAAGAUAUGAUACUCGUAUUGAACAAAAUUGAUUUAGUCGAUGCCGAAUUAGUGCUUGCCUGGCAUGAAUAUCUGAAAAAUCGUUUCCCAAGGCUGAAUAUUUUAGAAUUUGCUUCAUAUGCUGGAAUGAAAGUUCGUGCAUCAUCUGGCAAACGAGUAGGAAAACUUCGAAUGGCUGUUCGCGGUGCAUUAGCAUUGCAAGAAAUGGUAGCCGAAAUUGUUGGUGAUCAAGCCGAUCUAAGUUCAUGGCGACAAAAAAUCGAAUCCGAACUAAAUGAAUGUGAAAAUGUUUCAUUGGAUGACGAUUCUUCAUAUUAUGAAUCGGAAGAUGAUGACGAUGAUGGUAAACAUUAUGGAAAAAAGAAUCAAGGUGCAAAAAAAGCUGGCGUAGAAAAAUUAGCUGGAACUAUCGUAAUGGAAAAAGCAGAUAGUUCGUUUUAUAGACAAGAACAUCGAUUCAAAGACGGUAUUGUCACAAUCGGUUGUGUUGGUCAUCCGAAUGUAGGAAAAUCAUCGUUAAUGAAUGCUCUUUAUGGCAAAAAAGUUGUCAGCGUCUCACGAACACCGGGUCAUACUAAACAUUUUCAAACGAUAUUUCUCACCGAUAAGGUACGACUCUGUGAUUGUCCCGGUUUAGUUUUUCCAUCACGUGCACCAAAAGAACUUCAAGUUUUAAUGGGUUGUUAUCCAAUUUCACAAUUACGUGAACCUUAUACAGCUGUAGGUUAUCUGGCUCAACGUAUUAAUCUUGUACGUUUAUUACGUCUGCAACAUCCUGAAGGUGAUACUGAAAAUAUUUGGUCAGCAUAUGACAUAUGUGAAGGUUGGGCCGAAAAACGUGGUUUCCGUACUGCCCGAACAAAUCGACCUGAUAUAUAUCGUGCCGCUAACAGUCUACUUCGAAUCGCAUUGGAUGGUCGUACAAUUUGUCUGGCAUUUCAACCGACUAUCUAUCAAGAACGUGGUAAAGAUUAUUGGUCAUCACAUCCGGAUAAGAAAAAAAUUGAAGCCAUACAAAAUCUAAAAUUUGUUGUUGAAGAACAAUAUAAUAAAAAUCUAAAUCGUGGUACACAUGGACAAGGUUAUGUUGAUAGUCAUGCAUCAAGUGUUGAAGCCGAUGUUGAUGAUGAUGAUGAUUCAGGUGAUAUCAUUUCAACAUCAAGUAAAUUUGUUCUACUUGAAGUUGAUGAUGUUGAAGCUGAUUGAAAAUAAUAUUUCAUGAUCGAAAUUUUUUUCUUAUUUACAUAUUAAAAAAAAUUAAAAAUUGUAGAUUUCCA